AUGGCACGUGGACAACAAAAGAUUCAAUCUCAGCAGAAAAGAGCGAAGGAGAUAGAGAAGAAAAAGAAAGCUGCUACUGGAAUGACCUCUAAAGCAGCUGGAAUGAAGGCCCUCACAUUUAAGUGCGCAGUUUGCAUGACCCAGAUGCCUGAUCCUAAGACUUACAAACAACAUUUUGAGAAUAAGCACCCAAAGGCUCCACUUCCAGCUGAACUCAAAGAAGCAUAGGAAACCAAUCUUUCCUCACCUAAGGAAAUGAACUGAUCUACACAGCAGAUGGAAUCUCGGAUUCUGUGAUUAUUUGAUGCAUGCUAACAUUGUAGAAGAAAAAGAAGAUGUGCUCUUCUGUGACACUAGAAAGUGACAAAUACAGAGGAGUGAGAGGGAGAGAGAAUUGGAGAGAGGGUACCAGAAUUAUGCCUGAUUGAAAAGGAGCCUUUUAUUCUUCAAGCCAUGUUCGCUUACAGGAAGAUUAGGGGAAAACAGAGGAGAGAGAGGUUAUGAGACAAUGCGCUUCCAGGUUUAUAACCCCACAUGGAGAUAAAUACAUGGGACCAACCUUUGUACAUAGACCAGGAAUUGGACUUCAAUGUCAAGACUGCAAGAGUGCUUUGCCGAUAUACAACCAGGGCAGAAAUUAAUGAAAUUGGUAAUUUACGCAAUUAUACUACAAAAUUCCUUUUGUCGAAGUAUUACAGCAGUAAUCUCAGGAAAUUUUUAUCUUAGAGCAUUUCAUAUUGCAAAAGUUAUACAUGGGACUCCUUGUUUCAUGUGGAUCCAGAAUCAUUCAGCACUUAUCACAGAUGGACUUUUUCAAAUACCGAGGCUAAACCAUACUUUUGUAACACAAAUCAUUUGUAAAAAAAUUGAAGCACUUAAAAUCACAAAGGAGUUUCUAUUGACUAUUUCACAAAUCCAUGUAUGUGCACACAUACAAGACUAAAUCAGGUCCCUUUAAUUCUGUCUGUAAACAUUUAAACUGGUACAUAGAAAAAUCUUACCAUGUUGUAUAUGUUUUAAUGUCUGUUUUUACAUAAUUUCAGCUAGUAAUACCCCUUUCCCAUCAAGAUCAAGAGUUUGGCCAGUCAAAACAUCAGUUUGGCCUGCAAAAAUCUUUGCUAAAAUAUUCAUGAUGCUUGUAAGUCUUUCACACUACAAAGGUUUGGGUCAGCCAAAAGCAUCUAAUCAAAAGCAUCUAGUCAGGUUAAAAGACCUUUUGCAUCCAUGCAUACAAAAAUGCACAUGUGAUUUUACAUUGCUCUGGCCAAAACCAUCUGUACCCUAUAAUUGGACUGGCCAUGGCCAAUACUGACACAUUGCUUAAGCGUCAAAAUGUGUUCACAAUGAGGUUUUGCCAGCCAAAAGGAUCUUGAUGAGGAAUAGGUUAUUAGAGGUGGUAAGGACCCAGGCAUUAUCCACAUUAUUAUUCCAACUCACUUGGGAUUAAAAAAACAAAUGGUAAUAUACAUUAUAUUUUAGUUAACCCUAACCACCCUUUUUGCUGUUCAUUGUAUCCAUAGGCGGAUCCAGAAAGGGGUCCAAAGCAGUUGCGACCCUGCGUAUUGGCGGCGCAAAAAAAAGAGGGAAAGCGAAAAAAAGAAUUGAGAAGGAAGGAGGAGAAGAAGAAAUGGAGGACAUGAGAAAGAAAAAAAAAAGAAGACAAAAGGAGAAAGUAAAGUAAGGAAAAGCAGAGGGAAAACUUCUAAAAGAAAAAUAAUUUUGAGAAAUUCAGCUCGCGCUUCAUAAUCAUAUUGCCUGUUUAAAGAGAUGAGGAUAAAAUUAUGCUUGAAAUUUCCCGUUUUCAACUCAAUGUACAAAACAUAUUUCAGGUAGUGUUUCAUGCUUAAUUUAUUUUGUGGAGUGAGAUAUGCAUUGUGUCAUGACAAAAGUUAAAAUAUCAGGACAGCUAAUUAAAAAUUUCAGAUCGUGCUUGAUGCUUGCAUUAUUUAUUCUGGCGUAAUGUGAAUUUCUGACUACCCCCCUCCCCCUGGGAAAAAUUGCCUUCACCUCUAUGAGCAGCCGAUCAGGGGAGAAGUGUAGAUGAACACCCCCCCCCCCCCCAACAAUGAACAAUGCUGGAAGACCUGAAUCCUUCCUUGGUAUCUGAGUUAGGUAUUAACCUUAUAAGGUAGCUGAAGAAUAGAUCAGAAAAUCAUAUGACAAUCAUUGCCUAAUGGUGAUUAUGAUAUAAUUCUGUGCAGCCCUAUACCCAAGUGCCAAGUAGUUUAAGAAUUGCUAUGAGGUUAUGUUUUUCUCUUCGUAUGUAAAUGUAAAUUGAGAGACUACAAUGUGUUCAAAGUAAAGCUGGAUAUAUAUGCAUUUUGCUGUAUCAUUGAAAUCAAGCCAAAGGGGCAAAUAUUUCUGGAAGUCUUGUUAACUGAAAUUUGAAUUAUUUUGUUGCUUUGUUAGGGUGAUGAGCAAUUUUUUUCUUUUCCAACUACCUGUACUAACAGAUUCAUGUAUUUUCACAUUUGAAUUUUCAUGUUCCUGACUAAAUUGCAAGAAUUUGUGCUUUAAUCUCUUCUGUGGUUGGUUUGUAAUAUGUACCAGCUAUUGUGUUUCAAUUUCCACAAAACGGUUUCUACCGUUUCUCAAUGUUAACUGUAUACAUUGUAAACUGUAGGUUACUGUAUUUCCAUUUCUCAUGAAGUAAUGAGUACUUUUAGAAUGUAGUUAUUAUAUUAUAUUGGAUGGCUCAGAAUGGAAUACCAGAAAUAUUCCAAGAGUUCGGGAAAAUAUUCCACGAAUUGCAGAUGAGUGGGAUAUUGGCCCUAACGAGUGGAAUAUGUCUGGUAUUUCAUGAAAUAAAGCCAUCCAAUAUAAUUAUUAUCAUCUAUCCCACCCCCCCCCCAAAAAAAAGAGGGAGCACGCAUGUUGAAUAUGCUCUCAUAUAUCAAUAGCAAAUUUUGUACAGGAGCCUAUGGGAUAUUCAUCGGAUUUCGGUCCUUUUUAGGGAUACGCUCUGAUACUGCACGGGCAAUUGAUUCAGACCAAAAUACGUGUUUUUAAUGCAUGGUUAGAACACUCUAUAAAGAUAAUAAUUUCUAACCUUCUGUUCAUAUUGUACAAUAAAAAAAAAAAAAAUACAUACUUAUAUUCUAUCCAUGCUUUCAGGUUUAUGCAAUCAUACUGCACCUGGUAAGUGACAAGAAGUCAAUGAAUAUGGCAUUUCUUUUGUUUUUCUCUAGCUUUUUAAUCUUUUGCUUAACAUUUCCUUAUACAGAUCAUAUACAUUGUAUUCCUAAUGUAGUUUACAAAAUUUUAUCUUAUUUCAUCUUGUGCAAUUUGAAUCAAUUAUACUUGCAUUUACGUGAAUGACAUGUAUGUAAUUUCAACAAAUUACAUUUUGUGAGUUUGAGGGACGUAGUCAACCCAUUUGCUCAAAAUAUUUAUUUUGGCAAAUCACAUGUAAUUCAAUUGUAUUUUCUAUUCACAAGAUCAUGAAAGAAUUUCAUUUUAUUUUUCAUUUCAAUGAUUGAUCAAAUGGAUUUGAUGAGUAUGAUUUAAAUCAUAUUCAAUCAUUACUUGGUUGACAUUACCUUUCAUCAGCUGUUCCCUGUUUCAAGUACAUCAUCACAGAUUUAAACAUGGCAAAUGUAUAUAUUGGACUAAGGAAAAAUUGAACAGCAGUUAAACCUCAAAAUGUUCAUUCUAGCCCUUAAUUGUAAGUUGAAAAAGAACGAUAAUGGAUUUUCAGUACAAAGUGUUGUAUAGAUGAACAGAAAUAUGUGAACUGACUCCCAUUCAGAGCUGCGUCUUUUCCCACAGGAAUUCCACAAGUGUCUUCUCCUAAAGUUACCUUAUAACACUGUCGUAAAUUUAUUUACCGGUACUGUUUUUGUUGUAUAAUUCAAAACCUUUCAAACUUUUUGCAAGAAAAAUAGAGAAAUUUGGGAUACUUUCUCAUUUCAAUUCUGAAGUAGUUCCAAUAGAUUCUGAUAGAACUGUAUGUAAACAUAGCUUUGCUCCUCACCAUGGUGUAAACCAGUUCAGUUCCACAUUUUACUCUUAUUCAUUUGUUUGUCACUUUAUAUGGUCCAAAUUACAAUCGUCAUUUCUUGUAAUUCAUGUUUUUAAAAAUUGAAAUGUAAGUAGCCUUAUUUAUACAACUUCUUACCCUGCUUUGAUGGAAAAAAAACAAGUGACAAUGUGAUAUUUUUUUUCAAUCACAAGUGAAAGUGCCCUCACUUCCGCAAAGAUCAGUGGAUCAGUAUUACAAUACAUCCUUAUUCCUAGCAUGAAUGUUUUGCAUACUGUAUAUAUCAAGGAAGAGAGCAACAAAUUCACAUGUUAAAACAUAUUUCAAUGAUAUCAUAUGUCACUGUCACUUGAAUCCUUAUGUCAAAGUAAGGUAGUAAAAGUUGUAAAAAAAGGGGGGGGGGUAUCCGGCAAAAUGUAUUUGUCACUGGCGUAAAUCCUUGCGUCACACCUGUUGUUCAGGGGGGAUGAUCUAUUGUUCCAUCCCCCCCCCCCCCCGAAGAAUAGGUGUGACUCACGGAUUUACGCCAGUGGUAUUUGUAAUCAUUCAUGCAUUUUGUUUUUAUUGUUUUCAAAAUUGUGAAUGGCUUUCCAUGAAAGACUUGUUGUUCAGAAAGUUUUGAGUUUAUUGUUCAUGUGGAAUAAAGGAUGUACAUUUUGACUUAUGAAAAAUACACAUUGUAUGACAACUGACAAGAAUUACAA